AUGGACCACUAUGACCUGGGAAUACCGAAGUCUUUGGUAUCGACCCUGGUGGAAGUGUUCUUCGACAACGCAUACAACGCUACCCUCGUACUGCACAAAAUGCUGUUCUUAGAGUCACUCGAGCGCGGAAGAGCGAAUCCCCAUGUCGUGCUAAGUAUCUGUGCGUGGGCAGCAAAUUUCUACAGAGACCAAAAUGGUCAGGCAACUUUGAAGGACCACGGCUUCAUGGUUGAAUGGGCCAGGAAAGCCGGAAGACUUGUGUUUCAACAACCCGAGGAUCUCCACGAGGAUAAGAUCGUGACGUUGAUGACUCUGGGCCUGUUCUGGUAUAGUCAAGGUUCCUGGAGAGUCAGCCAAUUUUACAAAGGAGUGGGCUGUCAGUUGCUCUAUGUCAUCGGUCUCGAACCAGCCAAGUUGUACGCUGACAACGCGUUCGAAGCUGAAAUGCGCCGCCGGCGACUGUGGGCCUGCUAUCUGAUGCAAUGUCAGUCUGCCGACAACCUGUCCUUCUUCGAGCCACUCGUCGAUCUGUCAAGCUUGAGUUUGCCGUGGCCGGAAGAAGAUUUCGAUAUUGGCGUUUCCAGACAACCAUCAGAAUGCCUGGAUUCUAGCCGAAGUACGGCGGCUGGUGGUCAUAGUCUAUAUGCUGAGGUGAUUAGAGGCCUGACACUCUGGUACUCGGUACAUUCGCUCAUAAAGUGUCGCGAAACGGAUAUCAGUGAGAGAAUAACCAGCUUGCAUGCGUUCGACGAAAAAUUAUCAAGUUGGUGGCAAGAAGUGUCGCCAGACUUCAAAUUGACGCCAUCAAAAGUUACAGAGAUGGCGACCGACGCCCGUUCCUUCCCAAAAAUCCUGCUUCUCAACGCCGUAUAUCACCAAUCUCUAGGCGCGCUGCACGCGUCCAUUAUUCCUCUCUUCUCUUGGAGCCCUGGCGACAGCAGUUGGCUUACCUCUCGACAUUGCUCAGCGCAAUUGGCAUUUGAACACGCCUGCUCAUUUUCAGAAUUGGUCAAAACAGUCGUUUCGACGUACGCUCGACCUGGUGCGAUACCAACCUUUGUUGCAUACGCAGCGUAUUCCGGGUGUGCUAUUCAAAUGCCAUUCAUGUGGUGCUCUAAUCCGACAGUGCAAGGCCGUAUACGUGCCAAUGUCAAGGCGAAUAUUCAACUUAUACAAAGUGUGGCUGUGUACUGGAAGUUCGCCGCGCUGCUUCAAAUACAUGUUGGUUGUUUGUACGAGAUCCACCGAAUGCUUCCAAACACUCUCGAAGACGAGCCUAGGUAUAUUGACAUCAGAAAGCUAGUCGACUUCAAGGUCAAUGCUUCACAUGCUCGUGCUUCUAUUCUCGGUUUCAUCGACAUUUUGCGGCCCAAAGGCGACGGAGUUGUGGAUUCAGGAGACGAGACCAAAGAUCUCGGAAUUGAACAAGCUACUGUCGGGCAUGACUUGGCAACAAGGUCAUCUAUACAUGAUGAUCCCAUGUACGACCUGCAGAGCGCUCUAAUUCGGCAACAACCCGGUGAAGACAGCCCCGUCGCCCUACCAUCAGACUUCCCCCAAACCUGUGAGCACCUACGAGGCUCUGACUCAAACGUCAAUCAUGUUUCAAGUCAUCCGGAGAUCAACGUGAAUCAGACGCAGCACCAACAGCAGGGAGAGGCAUGGCCUCAACACAAUCAGGCUGAUAUUGGAUUUGGGCCUCCUUUCCCACCCCAGGGCCAAGGUGUCACAGAGAGGCUGACUUUGGACCCAUACUAUCCUUUCUUUGACCAAACGAUGCUCGAUCUCUUCCCAAACGGAGAGAUGCCGGAUCUUUCCCAGCUGGAUACGGAGCUAAGCAAUUUGGAAUACUUUGAUGUUGAACACUGGAACGCCGGUUCAACGGAUCCUGGCGAAGAAGGCUGA